GCUAGAAUAGAUAUAUAUUACAGAUGACAGUCACAAAUCAGGGGGUGUCUGUCUAGUAAAUUCACUCAGACCAUCAACUCUCAGAGUCUUGAGCUAAGCACCAUGUCCCUUCUGAAAGUGCUGGUCUUCUUGUGUACGGUGCUCGGGGCCGCCGUCGGAGAAUGUCCGUCUGGCUAUUUACGGCAUGAGGAAUCAUGUUAUGCACUUAUUCUCAUCAAGGCAAGCUGGGCAGAGGCUGCUGUGUAUUGCCAAGCUGUGGGCGCUCACCUGGCGUAUGUGGAAACAGCAGCAGAACAGACCUUCCUCGAGGGCUUGCUGGGCAGAUCUUCAUCCAAUCUGAGCACUGGGUACGUGUGGCUGGGGGCCAUUGGAUACCUUGUGAGAGGGGAGUGGCAGUGGGGAUUCAAGGGAGGAAAGGUUGGCCAGACGUGGUGGUCUCCUGGGUCACCAGGGUACAGCAGCCACAAUGGCGAACGACAGGCAUGUCUGACCAUGACCCGAAGUCUCGGCUUCAAGUGGAACGACGAAUUCUGUGAUGUGCGUCACAAUUUCAUCUGUGAGACAGACGCUGCUGGAUCUGGAAGUCUUGUCGGAUAAAUGUUCGUCAAAGGUGACAUUCAAUGUCAUGCCAUGUAUGGACUUUCUUGACUCGAGAUUAAAUUAGAUUAAAUGGUUAAUAAUUGAUCACUUUGGUCAUAUAUAUAAUAAAUCAAGAGAUUUACG